AUGGAUGAAGGCGGCAACACGAACACAGAGGACGAGAACGUGCCGGUGUAUGAGCAUGUCGGAGUGAACUCCAAACCGGUUCACCUCGGUAGCUUUAGAGAUUUAUGGCUAAGGGUCCUGAAACCGGAAGAUUACUCUUUUAACCAGACUUCCGGUGAAAUACAGGAUGCGCAGUUUAUAGAGGAGAUGGGAAUCACACCGGAAACGCUGGAGGAGCUUAAAAGUAUCUGCAGCCCUGAUUCUCUUCGCUGUCACGCUGAGGAUGAAGCUCCUGAUCCCGACGUGGUUCCUGCAGACCCUCAGCUCGCCACGUUAAAGCUGAGGAAGAGGAGACUGGACUAUAAGAAGACUCUCGUACGAGACGGGGUGGGACGACAGGAUGUGUACGCCAACGAGAUGGAAAUGCUGUCUCUGGGAAGGAGACCUGAAGAUGCCUCGGACAUCGUUCCUGAGGGGGAAAUUGUCCUCACCUUCCAUGUUAUCUAUCCUGUCCUGUUUCAGCGAUUUAAGCAUGUGAGGGCGUAUCAGACGCUGCAUGUUCUGGGCUCACAGAAGCUCACGGAGCUCAGAGACGCCAUCUGCUGUGUGAGCGACCUGCAGGUGUUUGGAGAGUUCAGUAACACACCUGACAUGGUGCCUCAGUUCAUCAGCAAGGAUCACUACAAAUCUGCCUUCUUCUACUUCGAGGGGAUUUUUUACAACGACCUGCGCUUCCCCGAGUGUCGCGAUAUCAGCCAGGUGACGCGUGAUUGGGCUAAAAGCAGAGACUUCCCCGAGUUUAAAACUGCGAAGAUGGAGGAGGCGACGUUCAGUGAUCUGAGGGUGAAGGUGGGAUAUCCGUACAUGUACUGCCACCAGGGGGACUGUGAACAUGUCCUCAUCCUCACCGACGUCAGACUGCUCCAUAAGGACGACUGCUUGGACAGGAAGUUGUAUCCGCUGCUGUCGUACAAGCACAUGAUCGUGACCCGGAAGUGCUGUGUGUGUCACCUGUACAUCAGCAGGUGGAUCACGACGAACGACGCUCUCGCUCCGAUGGAUCCGUGUCUGUUCUGUGAUCAGUGUUUCCGCCUGCUGCACUACGACCAACAUGGCAACAAGCUGGGCGAGUUCCAGGCGUACGCUUACGUCGACCCCGGGGCGUUUAACUGAGCGUGCUCCGUACAUCACACCCAGUCUGUGGCUCUCUUCUCACGGGGUUUUUUUUUUUUUGGGAUAAAUAUUUGUUUAUUUUCCUGGAUGUUUUCUUGUACCUAGAAAUUUUGUUUUUGACAAAAUGACCACAGCGUGGAAUCACUUGUUGAUGUUCAACAUUUCAAGAUUUAUUUUUAAAAGCUAAAGUAGUAAAGGGAUGGGAAUUUUGUAAAAUGUUUAUUUUCCUUCUCUUUUCAUCAAACUGGAGCACCAAGCUCUCUCUGUCAGCCUGAAAUGUUCUCCUCAUCUCUUUUCUUCACCAGAGCCUCCAUCUCCUCACCUGAGCUUCUCUCUCUCUCUCUCUGUGCUGGAGCUCAGGUCUCUCAUUCUCUUUCUCCAUCUUCUCAAGCUCCAGCAUCAACCUGUCCGUAUCGGCCUGUAACCUCGCCAUCUCAUCCCUUUCCUUCACCAGAUCCUCCAUAUCUCUCUCUCGCAAAUGUAAAAACUCAGCUUUCUCUGAACUGUGUGAGAGAGAGAGAAAUGUCCUGAUCCUGAAUCAGAAUCCGAACAUCUCUGUGGUGCACCACUGUGUGACUUUGUUCCUCUCAGACUCACAUGUUCCUGAUCCUGUAGCGUCACGCUGCAGGAACGACUUUCCUUUUUUUAUAACAAACAUAAAGAGGGAAAAAAAGAACAGAAUAAAUAAAAAGUAUCGCAGCUUCUGUUUGCUGAAUUUUUACACGUCCUUUACUUUACCCCCUGAAUGUUCAGCGUUGUUGCUCUUUAGCACUGAGGCAGAACGAGAAUCGAACUAAUGCAUAAAAACGUAAAAAACCCACCCCACCAUGAAAUUCUCCACUUAGUGUUUCGCCGUAACAAACCGUCAUCACACCUUCAAAGUGAGUUUCUGACUUUACUUUAGCGCAGGAAUUAUUUUUUAUUAAAUUUCACCCUCUUACAGAGUGGGCUUGAAAACGACGGCAGGCGCCGUGUGAUUCUGUGCACUGGGGUCGUUUCUUAUGAGGAGGAUGCGUUCUCUUAAUUAGUGAUAAUUUAUUCAAAUAUAUUAAAUAACUUUUUUAAAAAAAAGAAUAACCUUUAUAUUACAGUUCUUUGGGGUCUUAUAAAAAUGCAGAUGUGGCCUGGGCGGAGUUAGAAUUGGGUGGAGUAACUUGGGUGGAGCUGAUGAAGACGAGCCUCCAGUUUAAACAGUGAUGGUGUUUAAAUGUUUUUAUUUAUAAGCUGGUGUAUACAGUGGU